UCGCGAAAUAAACGCUGCAAGCGAACCAAUCCGCUCCCAGUUAGUUCAACGGAUCAGAUAUAGCCAGAGAUCGGGUCGAGAGAUCCUCAAAAGUUGAACAAAGAAAUAAACGGUUUUUAAUCCAUAGAAAGUUUAUAGAAGAUCUGGAUAAAGAAUAUCCAUAACCCCGUUGUGAUUAUCUUUUUGUUUGAGUGCAAUUUGACCUUUCGGUUUGUUUUUUGUGUGACGCGUCCUCCGUUAACCCCUCGAGCAAGAUGAUCUGCCCGAAACGCACCUCGGAGCUGCUGGAUCUGCAUUUGGCCCCGUUUAAGGACAAGGAUCCAGCCUGGGAGAUUGGCGUGUCUAAGAUCGCCGGCCGUGGAGUAGUGGCCACGCGCAGCCUGAAACGCGGCGAGAUCAUCUUCCGUGAUAGCCCGCUCCUCAUCGGCCUGGCUGCCCACGAGGAGGACUCAUUGAAUGCUUGCAGUGUGUGCCUGAAAAUGUUGCCGGACACGCGGUUCAUGUGCCGCCAAGGAUGCGGCCUGCCCGUCUGUGCCCUGUGCGCCAAAAAGAAGCAGCACAAGAGCGACUGCGAUCUGUUCAAGUCCUGGGGACCCAAUGAACCAGACGUGGCCAACUCGGUGAUCAUCCGAUUGUUGUGCGUGGCCCGGGCCAUUAAUCUGACCAAGGAGCAGCGUGACUUGAUCUACUGCCUGCAGGCCAAUCUGGAUAACAAUCAUCGCACCGAGGUACGCAAUGCAGCCAAGUGCUUCAAGAACUUCCCCACCGACAAGAAGCUCAUCGAGAUUAUGAACCGCACCGUGGCCGUUCUCAGGACCAAUGGAUUCGACAAGACCACCGACAGGACAAACGACAAUCAGGAGUUCAACUACCGUGCCCUGUAUCCACUCUUCGGCGUUGUCAACCACGACUGCAUUCCCAAUGCCUACUACACGUUCGAGGAGAAGACCAACAACAUGAUCGUCCGCGCCGCCGUCGACAUCCCUGAGGGAUUCGAGGUCACCACCACCUACACCAAACUCUUCACCGGCAACAUCGCCCGCCAUCUUUUCCUCAAGAUGAAGAAGAGCUUCACCUGCAAAUGCUCCCGCUGCUCGGAUCCCACGGAGAAGGGCGCCUUCAUCUCAGGCCUAUACUGUCGGGACACAAACUGCUCUGGCCUGGUGGUGCCUGAAAUCUCCGGCCUGCCGCAUCCUAAUUGGAACUGCCUGGAGUGCAAGCAGAAGUCCACGCAUGCGCAGAUGAUGAAGUCGCAGGACUUUGCCAGCGGAGCCAUCAAUGCCAAGGCCAAUUCGAAUUCGCUAAGGACCCUGGUGCAGUACCUGAACGAGAAGAGCGACAGCUUCAUCCCGAACUCCAACUAUGUGGUGAUCGAUGCCAAGAUGUCCGUCCUGCAGCGCCUGCAGCAAGGACGCGAGGAUUGCUCUGAGGAGCUGGCCAAUAAUACGCGACUACGCUAUAGCCGUGACAUCACCCAGGUGAUGGACAAGCUGGGACUGGGCGAUAGCCUGCUGCGCACUCAUCUGGAGGAGCAGCUGCGUCGCGAGGAGGAGCGUAGGGCCAAGCGGCUGGCGGAUGAGGCUGAGAAGCAACGAAAGCUUGCCGAACUCCAGGCCAAGGCCGCCGAGGCUGAUAAGCUGCUGGAGGUUCUGGAGAAAGAGCAGGCUGAGCAGUCAGAGCAGGCGGCCACAGCGGCGGGCACAGCUGAUCCUCUGACGGCCCCUGCUCCUCCGCCGACCGCCACUGAGCUGGCUUAGAUAUUCGCUGUAUCCAGCCUCAUUUUCCGGAAUUCGAGUGGGUUCUUUGAUUUGAAUUUUCCAAAGAAUAACGAUUGCAGUGAUAAAUAUAAUUAGCUGAGAGCUCGAUUCCUGAAAAUGCGGGCUAAAUAUGUCUAGUCCCCCAGCAGUCCUCUGGCCACCUCUCCUAGUUCUGUGUUGUGCGUACUAAACUAAAUAAUCGUAUCUGUAUUUGUAUUUAUUUAUUUAUAAUAAAUUAAAAAUUAUA